AUGCCUUUCCACUACAGCGCUGAAGAGGGGUCGAUUCGCAUCGAGGACAACCACAUCCUGAAGGCACGCCUCAAGGACAUCAACGGUAACUACCAGGAUGCUGAGAUUGACCUGAACAACCACAUCGGUAACGAGAACGGCCACUUCUCCUGGGACGCCACAGGCUUCGGCGGCUCCGCUGAAAACGUUCACUUCUCCAUUGAGGGUGAUGGCUCCGUCCCUGUCCUGCGAGCUGGUCUUCAGGAUGUUGAGGGCAACUACCAAGAACGCGAUCUGAACUUGGCUGAGCGUAUCGAGAACAACAACGGCACCUUCUACUACAGUACGAUUCCUCGGCCCUAUAUCUACCUCGUAUCUGCUGCUAACGUCGACUCUAGACUAAGUUCGUCAAAUCGAAUUUCGUUGAAGCGGGGGAUUCUGCGCGGAGAUUCGAUACAUGUGCCUGCUUUCCAUAAUCUGAGCAGCACAUAA